UUACAGCGCUUUCAACACUUACUCACAGCCCUCUUAUCUCGUUCUGCAAGAACCCCUAACUCGAUACAAUGGCUGGUCGCGGCAAGGGCAAGACCUCUGGCAAGAAGGCCGUGAGCCGCAGCGCCAAGGCCGGCCUGCAGUUCCCUGUGGGCCGCAUUGCGCGCUACCUGAAGAAGGGCAAGUACGCCGAGCGCAUCGGUGCCGGCGCGCCCGUGUACCUGGCCGCCGUGCUGGAGUACCUGACCGCUGAGGUGCUGGAGCUGGCCGGCAACGCCGCCCGCGACAACAAGAAGAACCGCAUUGUGCCUCGCCACAUCCAGCUGGCCAUCCGCAACGAUGAGGAGCUGGGCAAGCUGCUGGGCGAGGUGACCAUCGCCUCGGGCGGUGUGCUGCCCAACAUCCACGCCGUGCUGCUGCCCAAGAAGACCAAGGGCGGCAAGGGCAGCGAGGAGGCCGCCUAAGCGCCUGUCCUUGUUCACUCAUACGUCAUACAUAAACUCGGUGUUUCUCAACACCACCAUUUCCUGGUCGAGGAGUCAUUGGGUUUGGGAACGGGUUUGGUGACAGCGCCAGUGGAAUUGGAAAGGAAACGGAAAGGCACGGGGUUGUCUGAUGUAGGGCUUGCGGCACUUCGGUGUUUGUCAUGUUUGUCUUUCACCGGCAACCUCUGGCAACGGGAACGGCUAGUCUGUCGGUUGCCACGGAGUAAUUCGCACAUAUGUAAAACUGCACGGAU